AUUAACUGUUAUUAUCAUGGAGCAGUUCACGGUUUCCCUGACUCUCGAGUGAGUGUCAGCCUCUGUGCAGGCCUGAGAGGUUUAAUCGUGUUAACUAAAAAUCAAAGUUAUGGGAUUGAGCCCCUUGUGGGGGUCAACAAUCAAGUGCACCUUAUUCACAAGAUCCAACCUGUCCACUUCAAUAAGAAACGGUGUGCUGUCAGUCACCAAUCUCUGGAACAUGUUCCUCAGGCGGACGAGUCACAUCUUCACAGGUCGAAGAGAGACAUUCUCACGGAAACCAAAUACAUUGAGCUGGUGAUGGUUGCUGACAACAAAGAGUUUCGAGACAGCGGUUAUAACCUCAAGUCCCUCCAGAUGCGUCUGUUGGAAAUAGCAAACCAGGUGGAUGCAUUCUACAGGCCUCUCAACAUCCGGGUCGCCCUGGUUGGGGUGGAGGUGUGGAGCAAGCAGGAUCCCUUUGAAGUUGUCAAGAGCCCAGGUGACACGUUGAAGAGCUUUUUAAAAUGGAGGCAGGACAACCUUCUGUCGCGGCUUCCGCAUGACAAUGCACAGCUGUUGAUAGGGGGCACUUUUAAUGGUGGCACGGUUGGCAUGGCGUCGCAGAGCUCGAUGUGUUCCAAGGACCGUUCAGGUGGAGUCAAUGUGGAUCACUCGGUCAGUGUACUUGGAGUCGCGUCGACUGUGGCUCAUGAACUGGGACACAACCUGGGGAUCAGUCACGAUACGGACGAUCGGAAAUGCACCUGCCUGAAUCCGAAGCGCCUCGGAGGCUGCAUUAUGGAGCCCUCGACAGGCUUCCUCCCUGGACAGGCCUUCAGCAGCUGCAGUGAGGACGAUCUGCAGAGGAGCUUGAAACAAGGAGGAGCCAUGUGUUUGUUCAACUUCCCAGCGUCCGAUCGGCUGUUUGGGGGUCAGCGGUGUGGGAACCUGUACGUGGAGCAAGAUGAGCAAUGUGACUGCGGCCUGGCUGAUGAGUGUGACGACCCUUGCUGCAAUGCCACCAACUGCACGCUGGUCCCGGGGGCAGAGUGCUCCUCCGAAGGUGCUUGCUGUGUCAACUGCAAGUUGAAGGGAGCGGCCAGUGUUUGCCGUCCGCCCCUGGGGGAUUGCGACCUCCCUGAGCACUGUACCGGAAACUCCCCCUACUGCCCCCCCAACGUCUUCCUCAAGAAUGGCUACGGCUGUAACAAUGACAGGGCCUACUGCUACAACGGAGCCUGCCUCACCUUCGAGCUGCAGUGUCAGGCCCUCUGGGGUCCAGGUUCCAUUCAGGCCCAUGAUAUUUGUUUCUCCACCGUCAAUAUGAAGGGGGACAAAUACGGAAACUGUGGGGAGCACCCAGACCGGACAUUCCUGAGCUGUGCUGCAAAGGAUGUGAAGUGUGGGAAGGUCCAGUGCCAGGGAGGGAAUGACCGUCCAGUUCUUGGGUCGAAUGCAGAAAUUCUGGUCACCAACAUCAAGGUGGGCCGAGAUGAGUACAGUUGCCGGGGAACCUACUUCAACUUUGGUGAUGAUAUUGCCGAUCCAGCAAUGGUUAUGCCGGGCACAGUGUGUGGUGAACAAAAGGCCUGUAUCAAUCGGACAUGCCAGGAUGUCUCCAUGUUCAGAGUACAGGAAUGUCAACAGAAGUGUAACACUCAUGGGGUUUGUAACAGUAAUAAUAACUGUCACUGUGAUGCAGGCUGGGCUCCCCCUUUCUGUCAGGGCUCUGGCUAUGGAGGAAGCGUUGACAGUGGCCCAGUCCAGGAACCCCGAGGUAGCAGUGCCUUGGUGGCUGCCCUGUUGGUGACAUUACUGCUGCUCUUACUGGCCUCGCUCUCCCUGUGUUACUGCAAACGGGAGCUGCUGUGUUCGGAGCUACAGAGACUGGGCAAGGCCAGCCCACAGCGCUACAGUGCGACAGGUGGCUAUCGGCUCGGUGUCCUGCAGGAGUGGGUUUCCCAAGAUGCAGAAUGGGGUUCCAGGAUGGAGAAUGGCACUCGGGCGCCCCUAGCUGACCGGCCGCGGUGUAAACCUCCAGAUUGGCUCCAACAGACCGAGAUGAGGCCAGCGCAGUCGUUUAAGCCAGCCCCUCAGCUGCUCUUGAGGCCUGCUCCACCAUCAAAGCCUCUACCACCAGACCCAGUGGUCAAAGUGUGCCAGCCCACCCUCCAGGGUCCGCCAGGAAGACCACCUCCCCCAGCGACGCCACUCCCAGCCGAUCCCGUCCCAAAGAGCAGCCAG